GCUAUUUUUUUGGCUGAUGACUAAUAAGGAAUUAAAGAGUUUAUGGUAUCACCCUUCAUAUAAAAGUGCAAGUGAUUAAAAGAUGAAACAGUGAAGAUCCUUCCAAUUAAUUAGAAAUAAAGUUAUACACCAAAACAGGAUAGGAUCAUAGAAUUAAACAUGGCUAUUGAAGUGAGAAAUGGUAAAUGGCAAGGUUCAGUUGGUGGCAUAGUUUGUGUACCUAUUGACAAGGUUUGGACCUUGGUCUCUCAAACUAAAAGACUACCCGAAUGGAUGCCAAUGGUAGAAAGAUGCAGUUCCUUGGCUGGAGAUGACGAUGAACCGGGCUAUGUUAGGCUAGUCUCGGGUUUCAUGUUUCCUCAACAAGAUGGAGAAAGGUCAUGGAUCAAGGAGAGGUUGGUUUCACUGGACUCAUCAUCACAUAGCUAUGUUUACAGAAUGGAAGCAAGCAAUGUAGGUCUAGAUGGAUCUGUAAACUCUCUAAAACUAGUUGACUAUGGGGAUGAAUCAACUCUUAUUCGCUGGUCAUUUGAGAUAAACCCUUUAGAAGAUGUAUCUGAGGACACCAUAGUGGAUUAUCUAGGAUUUCUCUACAAAUCUUGCAUCAAUAAGAUUGAGGGUGCAAUAGAAGCAGCAUCAAGAAAUGUUUCACCACCAUAGUGAACAUCAUUUUAUUCCAACCAUUAUAAGCUUCUUUUCAAUUCAUAUGUAUGCAGAUAUAGAUGGAGUCGUUCUUCAUGCUUUUCUUUUCCCUUAAGAUAUAAUUUGGAGUCAUAAUGUUAAUGAUGAAUAAUAAUUGCCUGGUAAUGGUAACAAUCUAA